AUGGAAAGUUCAAAUUCAGCAGAAUUAUUGAACUAUUCUACUGAUUUGCAUAAUAAGAAAUCAAAAGAAUUAAUGUUAAUUUCUUCAAUUAUAAAAGUAUUAAGUGAAAAUAAUGAAAAUAGCAUAGUCAAUGAUCAGAAUAAUUUAUUACCUUUAACAUGUUUCUUAUCAACUUUAAACACUUUAAAUAUUGUUGAACCAAUUUCAAUAUCUCUUAUCAAUGCAACUGCCACAGGUUCAAGUUCUGGGAAAUAUUACAUUGGACAAUGCUACGAUCAUAGUUAUGAUGUUAUUAAAAGACUAUCCCAUUCAUUUAAUUGGUACUUAAAAUCUGCAGAAGAAGGAAAUGCAAGUGGACAAAAUGCAGUUGGAUAUUGCACUAAGUAUGGCGAAGGAACCCUUCUUGAUGAGGAAAAGGGAAAUUAUUUG